AUGCCACUUUAUGCAAGGGAAAGAGCCCCCUACCUCUACAGCAAUGUCUCUGGGAGAUCUGCAAUCCGAAAUCGACAACAAAAUUGGACGCCAGGUUCUGGCCUUACCUCCAAGUACCCCGUCCAAAGCAAGCUCCGUCUCAAUGUUGAAGCAACCAUGAAUGAAAUUGUCGGGGAAGAUCCAGAGGCACGACCAGAUUACUUCAAAAACAACUUUGAAGAAGUUGUGUUUGUGUUCACGGUUAUGAUGGCCACCGCUGCCACAACGUUUCUUCAAGGCGUGACUGUCAUCAAUACAGCCGCAAUUGGCAAAAGUCUUGAUAUGACUGCUUCCCAGAUAACAUGGAUAGCGGCAUCCAUAGGGUAUGUUUGUUAUUCAACCUUGGUUGUCAUUUCCUAAUAGUUUACAGACUUGGUAGCGGUUCGUUCAUGCUGCUUUUCGGAAAGACAGCAGAUCUCUUUGGUCGAAAAGCACAACUUCUCUUAGGGAUGACCUUUUUGGGAUUCUUCUCCCUCCUAGCUGCCUUCGCUCCCAAUGCUAUGGCUCUCGAUAUCAUUUGUGGUUUCUUAGGAGUCGGCACGGCAAUCAUCUCACCUCCUGCUAUCGGCACACUUUUCGCAGCCUAUCCUGAAGGAAAACGUAGGAAUAAAGCGACUGGCGCAUUGGGAGCUGGAAACCCGUUGGGCUUUGUGUUAGGAAGUAUGUCAUCGGGACUUGCCACGAGAAUAUGGGACUGGAGAGCCUCAUUCAUCGUCAUUUCAAUCUUCUUUUUCGUUAUGACCGCAAUGGCCAUCUGGACGAUGCCUUCAAUACCUCGAAUUGGUAACAGACGGGAGAUGAUGAAGUCGUUUGACUAUCUCGGCACCGUCUUGACAAUCACAGGUGUGGCUUUGUUUUCUGCCGCAUUGACGUAAGUCCUAUCAAAUUCUGCACUCUAGUUAUCUAACAUAUUCACAGCCAAGGCCCAGAUAUAGGUUGGAGAGCACCUCAAACGAUAAUUACUUUGAUCCUUGGCGUUCUCUUCAUGUGUGCUUUUGCUUGGUGGGAGAACAUUCAUGCCCACCCGCUUCUUGAUCCAUCUGUCUGGAAAAACACCAAUUAUACUCUCUGCGUACUUUGCACAAUGUUCGGUUAUAGUAAGGAUAAUCUUUCCUUAGGUUAUCUCUUAUUUCAUACGCCUGACGUGCGAAGAUUUUCGGUUUCCAUAUUUGUUUUCCCUCGUCAAUCUGAUUGAAAGCUGAAAGAAUAUGAAAAACUGACUUUGAAUGCCCAGUGUCAUUCGUCACCAACCAAUUUUGGAUACCAUUAUACAUGCAAGAGGUUCAACGUUUAUCACCACUCAACAUUGCUUCUCGCAUGCUACCGCAAGUUUUAGCAGGUCUCGCGUGGAGUUAUAUAGGACAAGCACUCGUUUGUCGACUUCCGGGAAGAAUAAUCAUGGCCAUAGGGGGAAUUGCAUAUCUCACAGGAGCAAUACUUUUGAUCUUCAUUCGACCAGAGACUUCUUACUGGAAAUUCUUGUUUCCAGCAAUGGUGAUUACUGUGAUUGGAGCAGACUUUCAGUUCAUCGUGGCCAAUGUUUGUUUCCCCCCUCUUGUUGCUCGAUGCAAAUCUACAUAUGAGAUUCUGUUGAAGAGUGCUGACUAAUAGAAUAGUUGUAUGUGGCAAAACAAAUGCCCAGUCAAUCCUCUCUAGGUGCUGGUGUUAUCCAAACUGCAUACCGUCUUUCUGUCUCGGUGGGACUUGGCAUUACUACAGCCAUCUAUGGCACAACACAAAAGACAACCUUGGGAAGCACCGACGCUACAUUUCCUUUUGAACGUGCCUAUCUUGGUGGAAUAGCAUUUGCUGCCUUCAGUCUCCUUUUUAUUCCCUUCAUGAAAAUCGACAAACAAGGAAGCGGAGAACAAGCACCCCCAACGACAUCUACAACCCUUUUUGACAGUGAAACCCAGGAAUCCUUGCCCCGGUCCGCAGGCGAAUACCGUGAUGACGGAGGAGACCCAAGUCUCACGAGCAAGGCCAGCCAGAGUACCCUUGGGAGCGCAGCUACAUAUGGCAGUGAAGCAACUUAUUUCGACAGAUGGAGUUGGGAGAAUGGUCAGGUAUGGACUCCCACGCCUGGGGAGCAUCAUCAUCAUGACGCGACUUCGGAAGUACUCUAUGAGGUUUGCGUCAAGUGUCUUGAAGAGAGGAGAGUAAUUCUCCCCGUAAGACAGUCGGCUGUGGAUACCCAAUACCAGAAUCAGGCUGAACUUUCGGGGUAUAUGCGGAACAGAGUUUUUGAAGGAGGUCCUGGCUGGGUAUAG